CUUUCUCUCCCCGGCGAGGUUCCGAAGCGGAACAUGGCUCCUAGGAGCUCCCGUCGGACGGGCUCGCAUAAAACGCACUCCUUGGCCCGCCAGUGGAAAGCGAAGCGGCGGCGGCGAGACCUGGAUCAGAUCCACCAGGACAUGUUACCCGAGAACGCGCAGAAGCUGCUGCGCCAGGAGCUGGAUCCCGACCUGCCUGGCAACGCGCAGCACUACUGCCUGCAUUGCGCGCGAUACUUUAUUGACUUAAAAAGCAUGAAGGAUCACUUCAGAUCAAAAGUACACAAAAAAAGGCUGAAAGAGCUGAGUGAGGAGCCCUAUACCCAGGAGGAAGCUGAGAGAGCUGCAGGAAUGGGAUCCUACAUUCCUCCCAAGAAAAUUGAAGUCCACACACAGCCGCUUGAUGAGAUGGAUGAAUCUAGCUAAGACACAAGGACUUUUUUCCCCAUCUGAAAAAUCUGGAGAUAACUAAGCUAGAGAAGGCAUUGGUAUAACGAGGUGGUUAGGAGUAUGGUAUCUUUAAACUGGUACUAUUUUAUGGCAGUAGGAUUGCAGUAUUAAUAACCAGCAAAACGUAUAUGCAGAGGAGACAGAUGAACCCUCUUGGAUGGAAAAAAGGCAUUUUUACUCCCAUCUUGUUUGGUAUGGAUUAGAGUUAAGCAGCAGGUCAGAGGCAGGAGCCUUGCUGCCCAACUGAACUUGUUAUAUAUUUAAUUGAUUCUCCUACAAUGGUUUUAAAUGUUACUGUGGAUUUUCAGCUUUUUGCUCGGAAUCUUCCACUGUUCCAGUGAGUCCACUUAAUAAAUGAGCUGACAAUCUGUUGGCUGAUCCUUG